AGAAGAAGAAGUAGAACAGUUCCGGGUUGUGUGGGUGUGAGCAGUAGCAACAGAAGAAGAAGAGUCUGUAGUUGUUGUUUUGUUUCGUUUCAGUAAACGGAUUUAAAAACACUCGGUAAUCUGAUCCUAAUCCAGCAAACAGUGAAGAGACGAGAUGGCGACAACCGUCAGCACUCAGCGAGGACAGGUGUACAUCGGGGAUCUUCCUCAGGAUUUCCUGCGGAUCACUCCCACUCAGCAGCAGCAGCAGGUCCAGUUGGACGCUCAGGCAGCCAGGCAGUUGCAGUAUGGAGGCUCCAUCGGCACCGUGGGACGACUCAGCAUCACGGUGGUCCAGGCUAAACUGGCUAAAAACUACGGAAUGACCCGGAUGGAUCCGUACUGCAGGAUCCGUUUGGGCUACGCCGUCUACGAGACGCCGACCGCUCACAACGGAGCCAAGAACCCGCGGUGGAACAAAGUGAUCCAGUGCACGGUUCCUCCCGGCGUGGACUCCUUCUACCUGGAGAUCUUUGAUGAGAGGGCGUUCUCCAUGGACGACAGGAUAGCGUGGACGCACGUCACCGUUCCUGAGCGACUGCGGGAGGGCAGCGUGGUGGACGAGUGGUUCAGCCUGAGCGGCCGGCAGGGCGACGACAAGGAGGGCAUGAUCAACCUGGUCCUGUCCUUCACUUCUCUGCCUGCAGGAAUGAUGCCUCAGCCUGUGGUGCUGAUGCCCUCUGUGUAUCAGCAGGGAGUCGGAUAUGUCCCGUCGUCAGGAGUGCCCACAGUCUAUAACCAGGCCAUGGUGCCCAUGGCGGUCCCCGGGGCCCUGCCGGUCGUCGGGGCCCAGGUUCCGGCGUGCAGCGAGGACGACCUCAAGGCUCUGCAGGACAUGUUCCCCAACCUGGACCAGGAAGUGGUCCGUACUGUGCUCGACGCUCAGCAGGGAAACAAGGACGCUGCCAUCAACUCACUGCUGCAGAUGACUGAGGAGCUCUAGCCACACACACACGCACGCGAC